AUGCUGGGUGUUCCUCUGUUCACAGUUGGUUCCAUAGACAUACUGAUUGUUCUGCUGUCCACAGCUGGUGUCAGUGACAUACUGAGUGUUCCUCUGUUCACAGUUGGUACCACUUACAUACUGAGUGUUCCUCUGUUCACAGUUGGUGCCACUGACAUAAUGAGUGUUCCUAUGUUCACAGGAAGGGAUGAGAAUGUGUUAAAAAGAAGAAGUCCUCAAGUGCUCAUUACGUGUUUCAACGACGAUUAUUCGGAUAAGUACGAACGUCCUUUUUGUGACAGCAUACACAGUUCACAGGAGUCUGUAGUGAGCGAUGCUAGUUCGUUGACAGUACCCAUUCCCGAUACGUUGCAGACCAGGGCGGCGUAUCGUGUAGACAAUAUGGUGAAGUAUUCCUCAGGGUCGGACAAUCAGACAGACGAAGAAGAAGACCUCAGGCCACCACCCUCAGCGUUCAGGAGGCGACGUGGAGCUAUGACGUCAGAGACACUGCGCACUACUUUAGAAGUUCAGGAUACAUUAGACGAGGAAUCCGAAAACGGUCCUCAAUAUGGGCUCGAAUCGCGGCGUCCCAGUGCGAACAUUGUAAGUUUGCCGUCAUUACAAAUUUCGCCAGGCGAUCUGCAUGUCGUUCAUGGCGUGUCGCUCGCCGGUUUGGAAACCGGUACAAGUCAUUUGUUAGCAAAUUAUUUGCAAGUAAAAGCAGACCUAGGAGAAUCGUACCCAUCAUUGAAUAACUCGGAUG